CAAGAAGGAUGAAGAGUUUCUGUCUUCUCACAAAGAAGAAGACUUUGGCAAAGGAAUGAUUUCAGGAAUGAGAAAAUAUUUAUGGAAUUUGUUUGAAAAGUCAUCCACCCUACCACAAAAGAUUACCGGGAUGCUCUCAAUCACUAUCAUUGUCCUCUCCAUUUUGACUUUGAGUCUUUCCACUGUUCCAGAGUUCCAAGUAUUCAAAUGCAAACAUGACAAUGAAUCUUUUUGUGAGGAUUUAUUAGCGUCGGACGACAAUCCCAGUUUAGGGCAAGAUUUCAUCCUAACAGACAAUGAGAUUCUAGAAACCCUGGAAACGGUUUGUAUUAUCUGGUUUACUGCCGAAUACCUCAUCCGUCUUUUCGCGGCUCCAAGCAAGCGCAAAUUUUUCUGCGGGGUUUUAAACAACAUUGAUCUUCUUGCCAUUGCGCCAUUUUAUGUGUCACUUUUCCUCGUUCAACUCGAUACAGCUGGUCGUUUAGUUCAAGUGUUGCGAGUAAUUCGGAUUCUGCGAAUAUUUAAACUUGCCCGCCACUCAAUAGGACUGCAAAGUUUGGGAUUCACGCUUCGUCACAGUUAUAAGGGUUUGGGUGUUCUCCUUUUGUUUCUGAGUAUUGGGGUCGUCAUCUUUUCUACGUUGGCUUAUUUUGCGGAGAGGGAAGAUAAUAGUGAAGGAUUUGGAAGUAUACCUAAGACCGUCUACUGGGCAUUCAUUACCAUGUCGACAGUGGAAUAUGGAGACGUCACUCCAAAAAUGACUUUUGGAAAAGUUAUUUCAGUGAUCACCGGAGUUUGUGGCAUUGUGGUCAUCGCAUUACCUAUUCCCAUUGUGGUCAACAAUUUUGGUCUGUUUUAUGAAGAACAGAAGCGUCAAGAAAAAUCGAUCAAGCGACAAAAGGCUUUACAGGAUUUGAAGGAUAGCGAGCAUUCCAAUUUCAGACAGGGAAGUUAUGUGAAAACUAAAAUAGUUGAUCCAUUUGGAUUGGAGGAGAAGAUGGGGAAAAUUGAAGAGAAGUAA